CUGAAGCCUUUCUUUCAGCGUUUUUCUUCUCAAAGGCUCUCUUCUUCACUAUUAAUCUCAUUAUCUCUCGCUCUUUUCACUCUCAUACAUUUUGCCAAAUAAAAAAAAAAGCCCGUAAAAAUCUUUGACCAAAAAUGGAUAAAAAGUGAACAUGCACACGGAAAUCUUUCAAGAAAAGCCCAGAAAAACUGAAAUUUAUUUAAGGAAAGUGAGAAAGGAACCAAAAAGUAAUCUUCAAAUCAGAAUAAGAGAAAAAUAAUUUUCCCCAGAUCUUUUUUAUUCUUUUGGUUGUUUAAACUGCGUUUGUCUUUCACUACACUUAGAUCCUUUUUCGUUCAUAAACCCCUUCAAGCUUAGGGUUUCGAGGGCGUAUACAUUUGUUCAAGCAAUCGAUUAUUUUGGCUGUUUUAGAGUAUAGGGUCUGCUUCAAAACGGAAUUUAAGGAUUGAAUUUGAAAGAUCGGAUUUUUUUUGUACCAUUUAUUUUCUUUGGAGGAUUUUGCUGGAGGGGGUUUCUGAUGGGGAGCCCCGAUGAGCCCAACAUAAAGGGCAUUGAUGCGUCGGUGGGUGGCUUGGUUUGGGUCCGACGCAGGAACGGUUCUUGGUGGCCGGGUCGGAUUAUGGGCCUUGACGAGCUCUCCGAGGGUUGUUUGGUUUCUCCAAGAUCCGGUACCCCUGUUAAGCUUCUUGGUCGUGAAGAUGCAAGCGUGGACUGGUAUAAUCUUGAAAAGUCCAAGAGGGUGAAGGCCUUCCGUUGUGGAGAAUAUAAUGAAUGUAUUGAGAAAGCAAAGGCUUCAGCAGCAAAUUCUAGCAAGAAAGCAGUGAAAUAUGCUCGAAGAGAAGAUGCUAUUCUUCACGCUCUAGAGAUUGAGAGUUCACGUUUAGGGAAGGAUCAUCCAGGUUAUUUCUCUAGAAAAGAUAAUUCUGGUGCUGACCAGGGUAGUUUGGCCAGAGAAUCACCGACAACCAUGUCACAUUCUGGGAAAGAAAAUGAGGAUACGUCUGAUGAAAUGAGUGAAUCUGAGGAUAACUCAGAUUCAGCUCCAGAAUUAUCACAGUCUGGCAUAUCCUUUGAAGAGCCUAAUCACAUUAAUGGUACUAAGGGGCACUCUAAGCUGAUCAAGAGAAGAAAAACCCCGAAUGAUUCUGAGGAUGAUGGAUCUGAAAGAAUCAAGCGCAUGAGAGGACUUGAGGAUCUAGGUAUGGGUGUAGGACCAAAAAGAAAAUCACAGGCUGCAGGGGCACCCGAGCUAGUUCAACAAGAUAAUGGUUCAUUCUACGGACCAAAUUCUGGAAAUUGCUUGUCUAAUGGAGGUCCAAUGAAUGGUAGCAGAAAUCAUUCAUCAUCACUGAAAAGAAAGAGAUCUCAAGUGGCAAAUGUUCAUGAAUUCCUGAAAAGGAAAAACCGUCGCCGACCAUUAACCAAGGUUUUGGAGAGUACAGCUGUUGUGUCAGUUCCAGUUUGUGAUGAAAUUCCAAGCUCAAGUGGUUCACCCCUUAGGGGACUUUCUGACAGCAAGGUUUCUGGAAUUGAUUCUAAUGAAUCACCCAAAAGUGCACCUGCAGCAAUUAACAACGACAACAACAAUAGUAACAACUCAGAUAGUACUGGAGUUUCAUGCGAGAAUGGCAUCUCCUUAAAUGCUGCUGAACAUGCUGCUGAUGCUGAUGUUGAUGCAUCUUUAACUAAUAAUAAGACAAAAGAGAGAGAAAUUUCCAGCACACCGGGGUUAGCUGAGAAUGAAUCUUCUAGCAGGCUAUUUGAUGUGCCAUUUGUUGGAGAAGAUAAACCAUCUGCAGAUUUCUCUCCAAUAUUUGUAUCUUGUUCAUCUGAGAUGCCUGAAGUUGGUGAUUUGGGGAAGCAGGCUGAAAUUGAGGGACGUAAUGAGUCUGUCUGUACCAGAUCAGUGGAUGUUUAUACAACUAGUAUUAGCCAGAGGAUAGAGAAAGGAACUGCAGAGUGGCAGUUGAAAGGAAAGAGGAAAUCUAGACAAAUAAGUAAAAAUCAAAUACACGACUCAAGAAAAUAUCUAAUCGCAGAUGAUGAACCAAAUGCUUCUGUGGCAGGUAUAGAGCGUUUGAAUGGAUUGUCUCAGGGUUCCUAUCAAAAAGUUGAUUGCAAUGGUGGUGGUGGUGGAUCAGUUGCUCCAUACACUUGCAGCUUGCAAUCCAAGUCCAAGUCAGCUGUUCAAGUGCAGCUUGAUGGUUUGCAGGACUUGAAGUCUAUGCCCCAGGAGCCUCGUGUGAGAGGGGAAAUAGCAGAAGCAAAAAUACUACCUGAUGAUUUGCUGAGCCCUCAAAGGUCACUUCCAUACCGUCAGUCUCGUUAUACUGUUCACUCCAGAUAUCAGAUGACGGAUUUUCCAGGAAAACCUUAUUCUGUGGAUUCAUCACUAUACAAUGUUAAGAUUGAGGUGAAAGCUAAGUACCGGCCACAGCAUGUUCCAUUAGUUUCCCUCAUGAGUAAGCUGAAUGGAAAAGCCAUAAUUGGUCACCCUCUAAUGGUUAAAGUUUUGAGUGAUGAUCACUAUGGCAAUCUGACUUGUGAAGCCUCUAUUAAGGGCACGGAAAAGUCUGAAAUUGGUCAUUUAGUAAAGAGAAAGUCAGGAGGUGGACGAGUUCCUAGAAAGCAUAUGAAACUGCAAUCACAUUUCCCGCCACGUAAAUCAACAAAAGCAAAGAAAUCUGGACUAUUGUCUAAGAAGACUCGGAAGCUGUCUUCAUUGACUGGUCAGAAGAUAGGUGUAGGUGACAGGAAACCGGUAACAGGGAAGCCCAAGGGUCCUGUAAUAGCUUGUGUUCCUAUAAAGUUAGUAUUCAGUAGGAUAAAUGAAGCAGUUAACGGCUCAGCACGGCUAACACACCGGCCUUUAACAUCUCGCAAUCCAUGAGUAGGUGGUGAUCCAUCGUGUUGUGAAAGUGGUGGCUGAUUCAUUUUAAAACUAUUGCUGCAGCUUGCUUGCAUUCAUUCUCUCCACAGGUAAAACAGACCCCGUUGUACAAUUGAAAAAUUGCAUUGAAUUUGUUGUAGAAAAAGGAAAACUGGUAGGAGUAUGAAUGAAGGACGAUAAAGAUCAAGAAGGCUUUCCUGGCUUUGUAUAUAUGAAAAAUGUAACAUGAGUUUGGGUGUAAAGGAGGUAAUAUCCAUGACCUGAUAUUGGUUUGUUUUUUUCCUUUAAUUUUAAUUCAUAAAUUUCAGGUUGAUUAGGGGCCUACUAACCUAAAA